CUGCAAUCUCGCUGCGCCAUGCCUCUCCCUAAGGAAGGCAAGCCAUUCCUCAAGAUGAUGGAGGACGCAGUCAGGGAGGCGAACUCGAAGAAACAGGCCGAACUGCUGGUCCCAAUAUCACAGCUCAAAGUCUGGGAGCAGGCCUUCCAAUCCCUCAAUACGAAGGACAUUCCUGCGCAGGCUGAUUGGCAUACCUUUGCUCUGCGCAUGCGUGAAGCGACGGGCGGCUUAGAGCUCUUUUCGGCGGUGUUCCUGCUCUCCCAGGAAGCCAGCACGCAGGCGGCUCUGCGUGUGCUCUGUAAGGGCUUUGAAACCAUCUGGCCCUCUGCCUGGGCGUGGAUUCAGUUCCUUGACCCGCUCUCUGGGCCACUCGACUUGCAACCCAACGAUCACUUCCUCCUCUCGUGCACGGUCCCGGGUGCCCUGGUGGCUGCGCUCUUGCUAGCGUUCAAAGACGGGAGCCGACAGACCCUAGCGACGCUCGGCGGAGAGCCUCUGGAGAAGAUGCUCGCCUUGUGGUAUCAUGACUAUGGAAUAGACGCAUCCAACGCUGCUCUCGUGGAGAUCGAGCGUGGCGAUGAUCUGGGCGUUCAUCUGCGAAACCAGGGCAGUCAGCACAUCCUCGCCAGAUACCUACUGCAGCGCGACUCUCCUUACCACGAGCGCACGGUAGAAGUCCUGCACAGGCUAUGUGGUGGGCGCCCAGGGCGCAUCAGGCGCAGGCUACUCCUGAAUCUGGAACGUGGUCUGCGUUCGCGUCACUCCAUCGACAACGGCGAGUUCUCGCGGACGUACACCGAAGCCCUUGUCCGCUUGUAUGACGUGCCCGCGGAAACGUACUACAUCCCUCCUCCGUCCAAAAGGACUGUGCGACGGAUAACUGGUCACCUCCUCCGCCUCUCCCAGGUGCCUGACACAACCAUCCGCGCAGUAUCCAUGUGCACUGUUCUCCUAUGUUUCUGUAAACGGGAGGGCGGCGAGCGCAUAGUUCGCCUCGCACUCCCGAACGGUCUCCUCGUCGGUCUUCGCAACAUUGUGUCCCACCUCCCUCUCUUGCCACCGUCAAAGGUCAACAAUUGUCCCAAGAUCGGGGAGACCUUCCUGACAAUCAUAACUACGGCGAUCCGACUGCGGCGAGUGACGCGCGAGAUGGUGCGCGAGACAGAUAUCUUACUGGCUUCGGCCAAGGUCUCCGAGUCGAAUAUUCUGCCUAUGCGCUGGGCGCAGUUCCUUGAGGCGAAGAAGAUGCACACGUCAGCGUGGAAAGCGUUCAGAAAGCGACUCAAUACCGUUCGGCGCUGUCGCCAUCUCGAGUGCACGGAACAGGCGCCUUCCGUCAGAAGCUGUGUCUGCCGAGAAGUAUACUAUUGUUCGAAGGACUGCCAACGGAAGCAUUGGCGACAGCAUCGGAUGGAAUGCCCGGGGGAACGAAUGGAACGCGAAUUGACACUCGAAGAUCGUAUUUACCUCGAAGAAGUCACACGCUGCCACGCAAGCAACAACUACACGCACUUGACGCAGAAAAUCGGGAGGCCCGAAAUUAUGGCAAAAAUCAAGAAGGGCUGUGACUUCAAGAUGCAUGUUCUGUAUGACGAGGGCACUCCGAAUGUCAAGUUCAAGGUGAACACGGUGAACGGAGGAGCUGGCGGCGACGCAGGGCGGGUGAUGCUGUAUUUGGUGGGGCAUCUGAAGUACGGCGAGGUGGAAUACACCCUCAAGCUGGAUCCUGAACCGCUGGAAGGGUUUGUGCCCGCGGUCGCUAGGCAACUGAUUCAUAGGUUACGCCCACGGGCGUAACAAGACGGCGCGCACCAUUGUGCCGCUGGCGGUGAUCAGCACGACUAGUGUUCCUGUAUAUAUUACUACUGGAUUACACUUCGCGGC